UUUAUUGAGUAUGUUUUUUAUAUAUAUAUUUUAUAAAUACAUUUAUAUGUAGUACGUUACCAUUAUAUGCAGUGGUGUGGUAUAUUUCAGCGCGCGCCCUGCGGUCAUACUAAUAUUUGCCGAAAUGGAAACGGUCAAUCCCACGUUCUCGUACCUCACCAAUCUGGAGGUGAUGCAGAUUCUGCAGAAGAUCAAGAGCACCAAAAAGAAGUUCGGCAUGCGAAACUUGGCCACUGUUACCUAUGAGGCACUGCAGUAUCUGGAGGAGUCGCCCUGCAAGACACAAACUCGUGAGAACAUUGCAAAUUACGUGAAGGAUCUGUCUUCCUAUCGUCUGAAGUGCCAAGAGAUCCUACAAAUGAUCAACGACCCGCCUACAAGUGCCCUGCACACGCAGCUGCUCAUCGACGACAAUAAAGCUCCACUAACCGAUGAGGAGAACGAGAAGAUCAUUCAGCUGAGCUACAAACACUUCCAUGGUGGGGAAACCAAAGACGCUAGUAAGGAAACACCGGCGGAAAAACCUGCGGAGACCACUGCAAAGACCGGCAAGACUGGAAAGCGUAAUUCGCAGGCCAAAUCCAAUCCAGCGGAAGAAGUCGCUCCAGCGGAACAAACCACGACAGCGGAUGUAGUUACUCCAGCGGAUGUUGUAGUUGUGGAAACAGAGAAUAAAGCUGCUCCAGCGCCUGCAACGGAUGAAGCAACUCCAAUGGAAAUCGAUUCCAUUCCGCCAGCAGAUGGAGAAAAACCUGGGGAGCAGCCACCGGAAUAACCCAACUGAUUAUUACGUUUAACGUUUCAUAUUUUUAUGUUGAUGUAGCGUAUAAAAUAAGCUAAAAAAGUAAAUUAUUUAUGUUCGCUUCUGAUCGCCCAAAUCCUCGAUGACGUCCUCGUCGAUCUCGGCCCAUUUCUCGGGUAUGACAUCGAACAAGUCAUCCUUGACGUCGCCCUGAAUGACGAUCUCAUCGUCGCCGGUCACCGAAGAGCCACAGGCAAACUUAGUGCCAAAGAACUUGGCCGCCACCUUGAGAUCAAUAUCUGGAAUAGGUAUUAGCCAUAAUUAACAAUAAAGCUCACAAGGAUGUAUAGAAGAAA